AUGGCUACCCACAGAACAAAAAAAACGGACAAAAUCAACUUCUUCGGCCAUAAAGGCCAAACUCCGCAAACAGCCUCACAGUCGGACGCCCAAGAUGGCGACGGGGAUUCGGACUCGAGCCUUCCCAUAGUGGACAACACGCAAACCGACCAAAUCCCAAAAAGCUUCCUGGAACACGCACUGAAUACCUUAUCCAACAAACUGAUAGCCUCCUG